AUGUCCCGAACAUGUGCUAGGCAACAGAGAAUGCGUCAGCAAACUCUGAACGAAGAACGUAUGUCUCACGCGGACCAGGCAGCACGUCCAUCCGGUGAACGUCGAUCCAGCGGUUCCAAAUUGAUAAUUAGCAGUCCUACGCCUUCUGUAUAUCCAUUCAUGAACCAUGCAGCAUCCGUGUCUCAAAGUUCACCCCUGUCCGAUUCAAAUCCAGCGCGUAACCCAAAUCAGCCUACUCGAAGCGUAGGUGCAAGCGCGUUGUUGGCCUUUCUGAGCGGAUCCGAUCAUCGUGCGUCCUCACAAGCAGCAAAUACGAAUGCGUCUCAAUCAUCGCAGCAACCACAACAGCGGCAGCAACAACAACAGCAAUCGUCCCCGCACUCUGCACAAGAAAAAACCGUGAAUCCACAGCAUCCCUCCUCUGUUUUGGUCUCCACACGGCCAGGUCAGCUAAAUGGGAAUGCGGUUCCGGUCGUCACCUCCGUAUCCACCCUCCCGCCCGGCUGUUCGUCCACGGCUGUGGCGGCGGCGGCUAAUUCGGCGCAUUACUCAAACGCGACUCUCUCCACCCACACCGAUGACGAAGUAGUAGAUCAAUCACCCUCCCAGUCCCACGAAUCAUCAGGGAUUUUGUUGAAUUCGGUCUGCCCGAAUUCAGACGAAACUGGUUCCAAUCCGACACGGAAUUCUGACUCGGGACUACAGCAUGCCAACAAUUUCUUGCCAGUGGAUAUCAGCACGAUGGAUUUAGAAUCUACUGUAUCUCCGGCUUCGUCGGAUUUGAAUUCUCCUAUGGAGUCAUGUUUUCCCAAUAUUGCUGAGGAUCAGGAGAGCGACAGCUUUGAUUUGAACAAUAUCACCCCGUCUAUUCAUUUGUCUUCCUCGUUUGUUUAUCAUUGUUUUCGUUUGCUUUUUGGUACAACCCACGUUACUUGGCUUUCUCAUUUCGAAGCCGCACCCCCUAGUCGUCGCACAGUCAGGUGCGGAUUGCAAACUCAGUCAUUCGGUGUUGUCCGUGACUCACUAGGAGCUAAUUCAACUGGUGUAGAUUACGCCAAAGAAUCUAUUUAG